GAUUUUACAUUUUAACCGGUUAUUUUGUUUUGUGCACCCCUACUUGAAACUUUGUCUUCUCCCCAAUCAAACCCCACUGCCAUUACCCUCACCGGAAUCGCUUAUGUAUCAUCUGUUCACCGUCUUCUCAAUUACUAGUCCGACGACACCGUUUCACAACAACCAAACCAUCUAGGUUCUGAUCCACUUCCAAUUGCAAUGUCAAAGGAUAAAGACCCUACCAAUUUGUCUCGCACCUUCAAAUACCUUUUAGCUACUCAAUUCUUGUCCAGAGGAAUUCCAUUUAUAUUCAAUACAUGGAUUGUCAGGCAUCUCACAGAAGAGGACUAUGCGAUGUAUGCAGUGCAGUUUCAUCUAUUUGUCACAUGUGUUUUAUUUCUUAGCCGGGAGGGUUUCCGAAGAGCAUGCAUGCGGGUGGAUAUAAAACGUGAUGGUACUUCAAUGGAAGAAGAUGUUGUGAAGCUAAUGAAAGUAGCGUGGAUGAGUGUCCCACUUGGCAUAUUUGUUACCAUUGUAGCAUGCCUUUUUGUCUUCUGGUGGCAACAAAUAAGUUAUUUUAGUCCUUAUGGGCAAGCUGUCUUGGUCAAUGGUUGUGCGUGCAUUUUGGAGCUGUUGGCCGAGCCUUUGUAUAUUCUAUCUCAGAACUUGGUCUUGCUUGAAUUACGGUUGAUGGUUGAGACAGUAGCUACAUUCUCACGGUGCUUGACAAUGUACUUUUUAAUUGUCAAGCUAACUGGAAUGGAAAAAUCAAUCAUAUUUGCAUUGUCACAGUCUGCUUAUGGAGCCUGCUUAUUUCUUGGUUACUGGGGCUAUCUGCUUCUUUUUCGGAAACUUAGAUAUUCUUACCUUUUCCCAUUCAGAAAAGGAAACUAUUUUGGAUUUGAUCAGCAACUUUCAAAGAUGUGCACACUGUUUACCUUUCAAUCGUUUCGAAAGCUGAUCCUUCAGGAAGGAGAGAAAAUAGUGCUCGUGUGGUUUGAUACACCAUAUAAUCAAGCUGUAUACGGACUCGUGGAUAAAUUAGGUAGCUUAGUGGUGAGACUUGUCUUUUUACCAUUUGAAGAAAGUUCAUACACGACAUUUGCAAGGUCUGCUUCAGGAGAAUACCCAGGAAAACACAAGAAAUUAGGAAAUUGCUUGACAGAAUCCCUCAAGUUAGUUUUGUUGAUUGGCGUUGUUUUCAUGGCAUUUGGUCCAAGUUAUUCUUAUUCCCUCAUUAGAUUGUUGUAUGGAAAAAAAUGGAGUGAUGGAGAAGCAUCAGUUGUUCUCCGCUAUUAUUGCUUCUAUGUCAUUGUUUUGGCUAUGAAUGGAACAUCUGAAGCCUUUAUGCAUGCAGUUGCAACAGAGAGCCAGCUCAAGCGUUCAAAUGAUUCACUACUUGUAUUCUCUUUGAUCUCUGUAGUUCUGAAUGUCCUACUAAUAAAGCUAUAUGGGUCAGUUGGCUUGAUCAUGGCAAAUUCUCUUAAUAUGACUUUGAGGAUUUUAUAUUCUGCGAUGUUCAUAAAGGAUUACUUCAAGGGUUCUUCCUCCUUUUCUUUUCGUGGCUGCUUUCCUUCAGGAUGGGUUAUUCUGUUACUUUCAAGUAUAAUCACUCUCGUUUCUGAGAAUGUAGUUUUGGACCAAGAUAAUUUCUGGCCAACGUUUAUGAUCCAUUUCUCUGUUGGGCUGGCUUGCUUCUUUGUGUCAUCAUAUGUGAUCUAUUGUCGGGAAAAACCUUUCAUCAAGAAAAUUAUUCGCUUUCGCGACCACUCGGACUGAUGAACUCUGUAAGUUAACUGUGAGAUAGUCGAAGAUGACAACAUAAAUUUUGGUACAUGCAUAAUAUAUCUUGAUCCAGAUUUUUGUAAACUAAAUUAACUUAAUGGUACAGAGGAUCUAGGGAUAAAAAAGAGACUCCGAACAUAUCUUCAUGUUUAUUUUGAACUGGAGUAGUGUACCAUUUUUGGGGUCAAUAACUAGAGUGUUUCCUAAAGCAUAUUUACGAGAGAUGAGUGCCUUUUACUGCAAACCUGGUAUUGAAAAUACUUGGGAUGUAUUACUUAUGACAAAUUAUCAUGACACAAAAAUAGGGUAUCAGAAAAUUCUAAGAGCUAUACUGUCUUUUUUUGUUUUGAUGCAUUACAAGUUUUGGAAAUUCAAUAGAUAAUAAAGAUGACAAUAGGUGGGGGAAAAUGAUGGAGAUUUGUGUUUGGAUUGGCGGUGGACAGAAUUGAUUCUAGUAGAAUUGAGUUUGGUAGAAUUGAUUCUAGCAGAAUUGAGUUUAGCAGAAUUGAUUUAUGUUUGGAUACAUUUUUGUAAAAGUGAGUUGAAUAAUAAAUUACAGUGUAAAAAUCAUCCAGAAUCAAUUCUGGAGGCAGAAGCUACAAAUUCUAGCUUCAAGUAGAAUCAAUUCUAGAGACAGAAUCAAUUCUACUUUUGUCAAACCAAACAUCUUAAAAUUAUCCAGAAUUGAUUCUUCACCUCUAGAAUUGCUUUUGGCCUUUUCAAAAGCCAAACCAAACAUGCACUUAGUGAAUAUGUACAAUGAUUGAAGAAAAUAUAUUUUUAAGUAGAAAUUGUGCAAUAUUACAAAUUAGUAAUUUGUCUGAAUGUAAUGGGAAACAAAUGCUUUCUUUAUAUUACAAGUUCGGGUUAAUGCAUUUUGACGUUAGAAGCAAUGGUUUAAAAAUUGAAUCAAAUUCUCUAUUCUCUGGUUGAAUAGUUCUGGUUUGAACAUUUUGUUGUAAUUAAACUAAGAUUUUGAGAUUUACACGGUUCGAUUGAAUUGUUCUGGAUUGAACAUUUAGAGCAAUGCCUUUCUUUUUCCCUUAUUGUCAUAUUCUUCUUUAUCUACAAGUCUUUUCAAUUUCAUCUGUUUCUGCAAUUUACCAAAACGAAUAGUCAAGUCAAUUGACGACAAAGAAAUUGAGUUUACUUUAAAGAAUGGGGUGUUUUGAAUUAUUUAGAAAUUGAGUUUAUUCAACAGAGAUAAGACAACGUAGAAGAAGAAAUUAGAGGAAAUGACAGAAAGUAAAAAGAUAGAGACGUAGAAGAAGAAAUUAGAGGAAAUGACAGAAAGUAAAAAGAUAGAGUUAGAGGCAGUGUACUAGAGAUUUAUACAGGUUCGGUUUAUCAUUUGGUUUACGCUUAUCCUCAAGAGUUUCCUCUUGAAAGUUCCACUUAUAAUAAGUCUUGAACUUUUAGGGUUUGUUUGCGAGUUUGGAGGGAAAGGGAGGGGAGGGCUUUAGAAAAUAGGAAGAAUUUGGUGAAAAGAAUA